UUUCUUAAAGUGGACUGAAGACCAGCAGCUGAGCCUGACGAGUCCUGAUCCGAUCUGGUCCAUCUGAACCACAGUCAUGCACUCCCUGGCCGAGGAGAUACAGAGUUUUUCUCGGACUCGCCUGAAGAAGCAGUGCACACGUGUGACAUCACUGAGCGGCCGCCGCAUCAUCGAGACCUGGAAGGGGUCCACGAUCACGGUGGUGGAUGACCCCGCCCCGCAAGAGAGGACGCUGGGAUACGUCCCUGACACCUCCUGGGAUGUGCAGAUCGGCAUCGUGAAGCCGUACCUGCUGCUCGGUUCACAAGAUGCUGCACAUGACUUCGGUACUUUGAGAAAACACAAGGUUUCUCACAUCCUGAACGUGGCCUUCGGAGUGGAGAAUGUUUUCCCUGAUCUGUUCAUCUAUAAAACCGUCAGCAUCCAGGAUCAUCCAGACACUGAUCUGCUGCCUUACAUCCAGGACUGUUGUGAUUUCAUCAAGCAAGUUCACAAAGAGAAAGGCGUGGUUCUGGUUCACUGCAACGCCGGUGUGUCACGGGCACCCGCCGUGGUGAUGGGCUACCUGAUGUCAUGCGACGGCCACUCCUUUGACUCUGCCCUCUCAUUGGUCCAAUCGGUUCGUCCCUCCUCUUCUCCGAACCCCGGCUUCUUGGAGCAGCUGAGGAACUACAAAACGACCACGACGAUGAACGGAUCCACCAAACACUAGAGGUCUAGACCAGGACCAGAUGAUGCAGGUUUACCUCCAACAAGAACUGGAACAGGGCUUUGAUUGGAUGAUAUUUUUACUG